GAAUGACUGGUCAGAUAUGACAAGGUAGUGUUGAGCAGCAGGAUCUAGGUACUCUGCAGAGCGUGCUCGAGGGGAUAUCGAUAUAUCGUCUUUACCAAGGCAAACCACCGUACUAGACCAAAGCCAAAACGGCCAUUGACAUGAGAUGGGUGUUGACAGAUCAAAUGUUGGUUUUCACUUAACGACCUGUCAGUUAGUUGGCCCGUUCUCCGAAAGGAGCUUGGCAGCCGCAAGACACUUUUCAGUUGUCGUCUAUGUCCCCGGUUGUAAUUUUUUCGGUGGUUGUCUUAUUUUUCGGGCAGAAGCAGCCGAUGGAUGUACUGUUUAUCUGCCCUCUUUUUUUUUUUUUUUCUUGGAUCUAUUUUGGCGCCGGGUAGACACGCACGAUUUAUUGGUAUGCAAUGCUUCCAAAACAGCCUUAGACAAUUAUGCAGUGCUUUAAUGCAGCUGCAUGCCCCUAUGCGGCGUUAUCGUUCGGGUGGGUGGACGACGGGAUGCAGGCGGGCAGUUCGAGGGGUGUGUAUGAAUUUGUUGGAUUGGAUGGGAUGGAAUAGGAUGGGCGGAUGUAAUGAGAAUUUGACUGGACCAGGAGAGAAAACAGCUUCCCAAGCUGGCAGGCUGGUAGACUGGAUAGGCUCCAAAAGGAUGUCUUCAAGAAACAAGUGUUUUUGGCAAUGCAAAAGAUCGAUCCCCAGGUUCGCGGAGUACUCUGGAGAAACUUGAGAACAUCCAAUGACGGACUAGGUAGUUGAAUGAGUGGUCGUGGAAAGAGAAAAUCAAACCCAGAACUACCUUGAAUAAACCCUUACAU